UGAGGAUCAGCGUCGCGGGUCUGAUGAGUGGAACUGAGGCAUAAUGGGAGCAGGCGCCGACUCGACGGGGACGAACCCCCCAAAACACCCUGACCUCUGAACCCGAGACACACAGUGAGCACGGUGUCAUGGAUGCCGUAGAUCCAUCUCCUCUGCGACGUUUCGUCAUUGCGAAACAUUCGAUCACCUCCAUCUUUGACCAGCUGCUGGACUUUGUGAAGGAUGGCUGCGCCUUUGUGGAUGAGGCGUGGCGCAGCGAGGACCUGGGUCAGGUGGCCGUGGAGGAGCAGAGUUUGGAGAUGCAGAGCUGUGCCAUCAAGCUGACGACCAUCAGAGAUGUCCUGCUCAGGAGACACAUGAAGGUGGCGUUUUUUGGCAGGACGAGUAACGGGAAGAGCACAGUGAUCAACGCCAUGCUGAGAGACCGAGUGCUGCCCAGCGGCAUCGGUCACACCACCAACUGUUUCCUGAGCGUCGAAGGGACCGACGAAGACGAGGCUUUCCUCAUUACCGAGGCGUCCACCGAGAGGAGGAGCGUGACUGUGAGUGAGACGGUGAACCAGCUGGCUCAUGCUCUCCACAUGGAUCCCACUCUGGACUCGGGUACACUGGUCAAAGUCUUCUGGCCUAAAAGUCGCUGCGCUCUGCUGAGAGACGACUUGGUGCUCAUGGACAGCCCUGGCACCGAUGUCACCCUGGAGUUGGACAGCUGGAUCGAUAAGUUCUGUGUGGACGCAGACGUCUUUGUUCUGGUGGGAAAUGCAGAGUCCACUCUGAUGAACACGGAAAAACUUUUCUUUCACAAAGUCAGCGAAAAAAUCUCCAAACCGAACAUCUUCAUUCUCCACAACAGAUGGGACGCUUCAGUGACCGAACCAGACUACAUCGAAGAGGUGAGGAACCAGCACCUGGACCGCUGCGUGGGGUUCCUCGCUGACGAGCUGAAGGUGGUCGGCCUGGAUGACGCCGCGGGGCGGAUCUUCUUCGUCUCUGCUAAAGAGGUUCUGAGCGCCAGGAUGCAGCGAGCACAGGGCAUGCCUGAGACAGGUGAGACAGGGGGCGCUCUGGCUGAGGGUUUCCACGAGAGGCUGAGAGAGUUCCAGAGGUUUGAGAGGACGUUUGAGGAGUUCAUCUCUCAGUCUGCAGUGAAGACCAAGUUUGAGCAGCACACGGUGAGAGCGUGGCAGAUCACAGAGGCCAUCAAAGGUGUGAUGGACGCCAUCAACAUCGCCUCUGCCGACAGGAAGAUCUGCUGCCUGGAGGAGCGAGAGGACCUGAGAGACCGGCUGGACUUUGUUCGAGGGCAGAUUAACCGUCUGAGCGCCAGCGUCAAAGAGAGGAUCAGGACUCUGAGCGAUGAUGUCACAGCCAAGGUGUCCUCGGCGCUGACGGAUCAGAUCCGCUCACUUCCUGUUCUGGUGGACGAGUUCAGAGCCGACUUCAGCCCCACGCAGGAAACUCUGCUGCUCUACAAAACUAAGCUGCUGCAGCACGUGGAGGAGCGGCUCAUCGGCGGUUUGGACCACCGCUGCUCUGUCGGCGUCCUCAGAGACAUCAGAGACGCCCAAAGUCACAUGAUCGACGCUGUCCGUCCUCUGCUGUCUCCGGCUCUGCAGGAGCAGCUCUCCACUCCCUCCGCCUCCUUCGAGCUGACCUACGACCUUGGCCUCGCCGCCCUCUGUGCAGACUUUCAGGAGAACAUCGACUUCCAGUUUUCUCUGGGCUGGACUGCCCUCGUCACCCGCUUCAUCGGUGCCGCAAACGCCAAACGAGCGCUGAGUGGCGCCGACCGCGCGCAGAAGGAACGCUCCACCUUUAGGGAUGAAAUGGUGGUUUCCAUAGCAACGGGUCUGGUCUCUGUCACAUCCAGGGCGUCCAUGACGGUGCUGGUGAUCGGCGGAGUGGUGUGGCGUUCAGUGGGCUGGCGUCUCAUCGCCCUCUCUGUCUCUCUGUAUGGUCUCCUCUACCUGUACGAGAAACUCACCUGGACUGAUGCCAGCAGGGAGCGCGCUCUGAAGCAGCAGUUUGUUGAGCACGCCGCUCAGCGCCUGAGAGCCAUCGUCCCCGUCGCCAGCAGCGCCUGCAGCCAUCAGGUGUGCAAGGAGCUGUCGUCCACCUUCAGUCGCCUGACUCAGAGGGUGGAGCUGAGUGACGCUGAGCUGGAGGGAAACAUCCGUCAGCUGAGCUUCAGGAUCCAGAGACUGGAGAACAUCCAGAGGCGUUCCAAGGCCUUCAGGAACAGAGCCACCGAGCUGGAGACUCAGCUGGAGGUCUUUUCGGUUCAGUACCUGCAGGAAAACUAAAGAAGAAGAACUGCUGCUGUGGUGAAGCUCCUGGCCAAUCAGAAGCUGGUGGAGAGUCCUGAGGUAUUGCUCGUCGCCCAGCGUUAACACCGACAGUCGCAUAAAUCCCAGACAGCUCCCUGCUCAGGUGACCUUCGUCACCAACCAACACAAACCAAUAGAGGACAGCUUACCACUGAGGGCUGAACAGGAAGCAGCAGGAGACCCUGAGUCGACGCUUUUGCUUUAGAAUCAAGGGUCAAAGUUCGUCUGUAGGCUCGUACAGUCUGGCCUUCAUGAGCAGCUGAUGAGCUCCUGAAUCUUUGGCUCCACCUUCAGGCCAUUUGGGUCUCCUGAGGUGGUGAGUGGAUGCUCCGCCUUCGCCGCGACCACAAACAGCUGAACCUCAGCAGCUUAUCUCACACCAGCUUCUAAUAUCUCAUCAUGUGACUGUGAUUAGACGUAUUGAUCAGUGAUAGAAUCCAUAAAUCUGUGCAUUAUUGCUCCGACGUGUGAUGUGUUUCAGAGCUCCACCUGGCAGGAAGUCAACCUUCUAGUGAAAAAUCAAGAAAAUAAAAGCAUUG